UCAGCUUGUUAUCUAGCCCAAGCUUAUGUAAACAAGUUUCCCCUUCGUCCGUUCAAAUUGACAGGGCGCAACAAUAAUAAUAAGCGCAGACACGCUAACAAGAACUUACGCCCCCCAGCCUCUGCCCUUCAGCACUCUUUUCCUUUUGGUAGAAGAAACUUAAGGGUAGGAUAUUCGUAUGUUUUCUCUUUGUUUCAUUUCUAUGUCUCUUGUUGCGUUCUUUUAACAUUCUCUUGGGCGUUUCAUGAUGACAACAAGAGCAAGAGAUGAAAACAGAUGAUUAAUCGCCUCCACAGAACCCUUCGAGUGAGAAAAGGCAUCAUUCGAAAUCACCCGACUACGGUAAAUAAACAUGGCAUUUUGACAUUCACGUCCCAGUUCCAGUUGCUUCACUGGAAACAAGCUUCUUCGCUCAACAUACUUAAUUGACGAUCAUGGAGGACAGUCAUCAUAACAAUAGAGAACGAACGAAGAAAAGCCCACAUCCAAUUCCCGAAGUAAAAAUACAAAUUGAUUGUUCUUCCCGCACCUCUUCUAGUCACAACCACAGAGGGGCCUCUUCAGAUGGAACACUGACUGAGAAUUCUUCCUCGGAAACACCAUGGAGUCGGGAAGCCAAAAGAACAAAAAUAUUUCACCCCAAACCUCCAAGGAAGGCUAAGGAGUUGUUCCCAGAAAGUUCGCACAGUUCCCACUCAUUCCUCACAGAUGUGGCAGACAUGAGAUCCAUGGAGACGGCCCUGAUCCAGCUAGUCAACGAUUUUCAUUCUGGAAAACUCCAGGCAUUUGGUCGUCACUGCAGUACAGAACAAAUGGAGGCUAUUAGAGAUCAGCAGGAGAAAUUGGCGAGAUUGCACUUUGAACUUGGGGCGCAACACGAUGUUAACGCUCAACAGACGUCGGACAACAUGAAUGAACUAGUAUCUGCGUUGGAACACCUCUCCCAAACCAUUGAACAAUUACAUCCACAUUCUAGCCAGAGCCAAAGCGAUUCAAACUAGCAAGCUUAUGGCUGUGUACAGUAUCAAGAUUAUUAUUUUCAAAUUUGAUAUUACAUUUUUUGGUGCAUUUUAA